AUGAACGGCUUCCUCCUGAAGCAUGAGGGGAAUUACUCACAGCAUCCGAACCUGACCCAGUAUUUUAUCCCUCCGACAGAUGUCGAUUUUCAAGAGCGUUUGGAGCAGUACCAGGGAGAAAUCGCCAUCAUGUUGAGAUCCUCAGAAUUCAACCAAGACAAGACGGCACUGAUUGUAACUAAUGACCCAUUUCCUCUGCUUAUUUCUGGCAAAUACAUCGCCACGCCUUUCCAUUACUUUCCAAGAGAUGCGUCUCGGAGGCCUUUCCCACAGAGCUUCAGGGAUCAAACACCUCUUUGCUUACCCCCGCUAAGGAUGUCAGUGAAGGAACAUGCCGGACCAGAAAUACGGAAGCUGAAAUUCUCCACCCAUCUAAGGUUCACCAACAAGAACGAUUUCAAAGGUGAAGCCCGUUUUUCGAAAAAUUAUGCGGAGAGACGUUUGCAAAGGAUGUAUCCCCACUUACGCAUUCAUUCAAGACAGGAUCAACCGGAAAGGCAGCCACUUCCGCAUAUCCAGGGGCAGCCUCCACCGAAGAUCCAGUGGGAGCCUCUGACCCUUUCAUGCCUGACGGAAAUGAAGCCCACCUAUGUUGUCCCCGGAGAAAAUGGCUUUAGAUAUGGGAAAGCUCCUCUCUGGGUUGUAAAUAACUCAGUGGUGCUGAAUUCUCCCCAGUAA